AUGGAGUACACAAACCUUGAUGCCACAAAUGAGAAACUCAUACAAAAUGGUAUCUCUUCAUCAUCUUCUUCAUCUCAACACAGAAAAGGAGGUUUUAGAACCAUGCCCUUUAUCAUAGUGAAUGAGUGCUUUGAGAAAGUAGCAAGUUAUGGAAUCAUGCCUAACAUGAUAUUGUACUUGAGAGAUGAUUAUAACAUGCCUAUUCCUAAAGCUACUACUGUUCUUUAUACUUGGUCUGCUAUGUCUAAUAUUUUGUCAAUUUUUGGUGCUUUUCUCUCUGAUUCUUACCUGGGUCGCUUCAAUGUCAUCUUUAUUGGUUCCCUCUCAAGCCUUCUUGGUUUGACCAUUUUGUGGUUAACUGCGAUGAUCCCGGCGCUGAAACCUUCCGAUGUAUCGUCAUCGCUCGUCCAAGUCUUUGAUUCUGCUACGUCAUCUCAGCUAGCGGUUUUGUUCGUUUCCUUAGGAUUGAUUUCGAUUGGAGCUGGUUGUGUUCGACCUUGUUCUAUAGCCUUUGGAGCAGAUCAGUUAGCGGUUAAGGAAAAUUCGGAUGAUGGUAGGAUCUUGGAUAGUUACUUUAAUUGGUAUUAUACAUCGAUUGCAGUUUCAACCAUUAUCGCGUUAAGUGUGAUUGCUUACAUUCAAGAAAACUUAGGAUGGAAAGUCGGGUUUGGAGUACCUGCGGUGCUAAUGUCGAUAUCGGCUUUCAGUUUCGUUGCUGGUUCGCCGUAUUACAUCAAAGUGAGGCCAAAUGAGAGCUUACUCACUAAUUUUACAAGAGUAGUUGUUGUGGCCAUAAAGAACAGAAAGCUUAGUCUUUCUGAUCACGGCUUUGAUCGGUACUGUCAAGGCUGUGAUUCGGGUCUGUUGGUUCCUACCGAUAGCCUGAGGUUUUUGAACAAAGCUUGUGUAAUAAGAAAUCCUGAGAGGGACUUAAACCCUGAUGGAUCAAUUUCGAAUCCGUGGAAUCUAUGCACAAUAGGACAGGUGGAGUCACUGAAAUCAUUGCUUAGAGUCAUUCCUAUGUGGUCGACGGGAAUCUUUAUGAUGGCGACUCAGAGUUCAUUUUCCACUCUUCAAGCCAAAACAAUGAACCGAAGGUUAUUUGGCAAUUUCAAUUUUCCUGCAGGAUCGUUAAAUCUUAUCAUGAUAUUCACCUUAUCGAUAGUCAUUCCUUCAUACGACCGAAUAGCUGUACCUCUACUAGCCAAAUACACAGGCCGGCCUAGAGGAUUCAGUUGUAAAGUCCGCAUUGGGAUGGGAAUUUUGUUUGUAUGUGCAGCUAAAGCAAUAGCAGCUAUUGUCGAAACCGUGAGACGGAAUGCAGCCAUUGAACAAGGGUUUGAAGACCAACCAAACGCGGUAAUCAACAUGUCAGCUUUAUGGCUUGUUCCGGAAUUCGUUUUGCUUGGGUUGGCUGAGUCUUUCACGCCAGUUGGACUUGUUGAGUUUUUCUACACUUAUUUUCCCAAGAGUAUGUCAAGUUUCGCAAUGGCUAUUUUUACACUGGAACUAGCUGCCGCUGAUGUAGUUUCGAGUGCGCUUGUGAGCAUCGUGGACAAGGUCACUAGCAUCGGAGGAAACGAGAGCUGGUUAUCGACUAACAUCAACAAGGGCCAUCUGAAUUACUAUUACGCGCUAAUCGCUUUCUUAGGUGUGAUUAACUACCUCUAUUACCUUGUUAUUUGUUGGGCUUAUGGACCCGAACACGGAGAAAAACUUGAAGCUUCAGAAGGCGAGGAGGAUGAUAAAUUUGAUUUCAGGUAG